AUGAAGUACACACAGCACUUAUCGCUUGCCGCCAGUAUCAUCUCAGACAUGAGACUCGAUAGACCGCGAAUAGCAAGUCUAUGGGCGUUGAGUAGAGAGAACAAGCAUGCAAGUGGUGAGAUGACGCAUGAUGAGCAGAGAGCAUUAGCCGGGACUUAUUAUCUUUCAUCAAGUUCUGCGGUCUUGUUGCAAAAGUCACAUCAUUUUCGAUACUCACCGUACAUCCUCGAGUGUUGCCACAAGCUUCUCGCGUCAGGCUCAUUCCCGACGGACAGACACCUUCCGUACAUCAUUUAUCUCCAAAAACUCACCGAAGAAGUCGACGAUGCUGUCAUUGAAGCUUCAGGUACCGUUCGUGGAUCAAGACAAGGUCAUCUCCCCGCGGAGCUUCAAAGGAUCAGAGAACGAUACAUGUCCACAAAGUCGUCUCUUCCAUUCCCUCUCAGUGAAAGUCGUGAGUACUUCCUUUGUCUCUUAUACGGAGGCCUGACUGACAGCACAGCCACUAUUCUUCUGCAACUCCAUGUACUCGACCUCAUCAUAUGUCAACCCUCACCAGACGGCAUCUCCUAUGGUCCAAAUGGUUUCCAAAGCCUUCAACAAAACGCAGACCAAAAUCGCUUUCUCGAUUGGUUAUCCCAAAGCAUGUCGGCCGCCAAAUCCCUCAUAAGCGUGGUACUACUCCUACCCCAAGGCGAAGAGGAUAGUAUGCCCAACAUAGGCUGGAUUAUGCUGUACUGUGCGGUUUCAUUGGCUGUACGUCUCGAUCUCGUUGCCGCACAGCCAGAGAAUGCACAAACAGCGGGUCACCUCCGUCGAAUUCUCGAUAUGUCGCAUACGCUGCGUCAGAUCGUGCUGAGAAUGGAGGCUGCUUCGGGGCCUGAUACCGGCGACGUCGAACCAAGUCCCUACUGGGAUCUUGCGAGGCGCGCGAGAAGGAUAGAAAGGUGGUAUAUGGAUCGCUGCGGACCUGUCGAAUCGCCUGAGGUGGGAAGUAUAUUUGCGUCAAGUGAACCAUCUCCCGCAAACCCCUUUUCAGGAACAGACAUGGAAUUUACCCCAUCCUCGUUCCAGGAUACAAGCUUGGUACCGAGUCUGCAGAUCACAGGUGAACCUGAGCCUGAACCAUGGAUGACAAAUCUGCUGGCAGAUCUUGAAGUCGACCCGGCAAUGGAGAACUUGCUCUUCACAGGUCCCUUUGACUUUUUGGGGGAGAGAUGA